UCCAUGCCAUGUGCGCGUUAUAAUUGGAAAGGACAGAGUGGAUCGAAAAGUUCAUUUCACCGUUUGAAGAGGUUUUACAGGGUGUUCAAGCUCAAAAACAGGAAAAUGCCUCGUUGGAAGAGUAAAUCGACGCGAGGGCAAUCAAGGUCAGCCACAAGGUCUAGAGGGAGACGGUCCCAUCAGACUGAAACCUCCAUGCAACCCAUUGUAGAGCAGCCGGUAACAAAUACCCAUGUCCCAGGGGUGUUGGGACAACAGUCGCUCUAUCCUUCAAAUUCAAUGCAAGUACCAUAUACACAGCAAAGUCAGGGAGCUGUUCCUUCAAUGGCCUCAGUAUCGGAAAAUUUUGCUUCAACUUCACACGGCGGGCAGAUGAUGUCAACUGCUGGAGAAAUGUUCGAGUCACCUGUGGUUGGGCAACCCCCGAGGGUACAUGAAACAUCAGUUUCAGGAGUAAACAUUGUAACGCCACUCAACCUUGAUCCACCAAAUUACUGGUUAAAAUGUCCUCAGAAGGGAGAUAUUAUAAUCGACAAAUUUAUUCCAUUCAAGACACCGCUGGACAGUAAAUUUGUCAUUGAUCUUGAAAACAGAUUCGACUUUGAUGAGUUGUUAAAGUCAUUAGAGAAUCCUGAGAGAAAUCUAGGCCUUGUGGUGGAUCUGACAAAUACUAACAAGUAUUAUGACAGUAAUGCAGUGAUGGCGACGGGGUGUGAAUAUGUGAAGAUACAAUGCAUAGGCCAUGGAGCAACUCCCUCAAAAGAACAGACUGCGCAAUUUAUACAGAUUUGUGAUAGAUUUAUCGAGCGGAAACCUAAUAAAAUAAUAGGUGUACAUUGUACUCAUGGUUUUAACAGAACGGGCUUCCUCAUAAUCGCUUAUAUGAUAGAACGGCUGAACUACAGUUUAAACAAUGCUGUGCAGUGUUUUGCUGAGGCUCGGCCUCAAGGCAUAUACAAACAAACAUAUUUACGAGAGUUGUACGAUCGCUAUAAAAAAGAAGGCGAUACACUACCAGUGUCUCCCGGUCUUCCUGAAUGGCAUGAUGAAACUGACUGAUGUAAUGGAGCCAUUGAAUGCAAUGUGGUUGAGGUAUCCGUCAUAAAAAUGAAGAAGAAGAGGGAAAAAAAUCUACAAUAUUUUGUAAUCAUUGGUUAUACAGUAUGUGAAAAUUUCUUUGGCACACAAGGAAAAACAGUGAACAGAUCUCAUUUGAUCUGCACUUCCUUUUUUAUAAAUAUGAAACAAAAAUGAAAUAACUUGUUUUUGACUUUGUCUGACUGGUAUUUUCUUGAAUAAAACAUAUACAUAGAGGAUAUUUGUUUAGUUCAGUGUAAUAUCGGGAUAAACAUGCAUUUCACCGAGUGAGCACCAAAAGGUAUAUAUCACGAGUGGCGUAGCCACGAGUAAAAUAUGAACUUUUGGUGUUCACAAGGUUAAAUAUAUUUCGAUCUUACACUAAACUAAACAAAUUUUCUUUUUAUUAUUUGCAAAGAAACGUUUAAAAAGAAGUCGAUGUCAUCAUAUAUCAUGUUAUGAAUGUAACAAGCUUAUAGAACUUUAACAGAACUAUAUUUCAAAAUUGAUGUUGUGACGUCAUGAUGUGAUGGCGUCAUAUCGGAAAAUGCGCGACGUUUCGCGGCAAAAUCAGUAAAAAUCACUUAAAAAACCAUGAAAUAAAAUGAAAAUUUAUUUGUUUUACAUAUAAGAUUGAAAUAUAUUUCACUGUGAACACCAGCUAUUAUAUUUUCACUCGUGGCUACUCCAAUCGUGAAAAUAUUGCAUCUGGUGUUCAUUCAGUGAAUUAUAUGUCAAUCUUACAUGAAAACAAGCAAAUAUCCUCUAAAUAUCUCACUGAUAUAUUUCUAUAAACCACCGAAAAACAUGUAAUAAAUAUCUAUAACAUAUUUUUCUCAGUUAGAUUUUUUCACUGAUUAUUAAAAAUGUUCAUAAUAAUUAUCUUAUUAAUGUUUUGUAUUGGUCAAAUGUUUCCCAGUAAAUUAUAUGAUUAUAUUUUGUGCAUGUAAAAGUGAACUUUUUGUAAAACUCUGUUGUAAACCUUUUUUUAAACAGUAGUAAAUCCAACAUUUCGGGAAAUGAUUGUGAACCAGUUCAUGAAGUCUGGUAAAUUUACAAGCUCUGAUUUAGUAUGAAAAUGGUAGGCAUCGUGACACAUACCCGGUCACAGUAAACAUACAUUGCAUACAAAUCAUAUCUGACUAAAAAUGGCUAGGGAUAAAUUAACUUUGUCGUUAAAAUCCGCAUUAGAUGACAUUUGUAUGAAAUACUUCACCGUCCGAAAUGUUUAAUGAAUUAUAACAUAAACAGUUUGUAAAAAAAUUAUGUUUGUUUAUUUACUUUAUUAACACUUUUUUAAAUACAGACAAUUACUAGUAUACAAUUGGAUGUAUAGACUUUAAACUUGGAACUUCCCUAUAAUAAAUGAAUAUAAGUAAUAGUGUGACUAUUAUAAGAGGAAAAGUAAACGAUUAAAAUCCUAAAAAUGAAGCGACGUAUGAACGAUUGCACAUACUGUUUCAAAAGUUUAUUUUUAUCAGCGUCUAAAUAACUUGGUCGUUGAGCUUCCUUUCGUAUGCAGUGUCCAGAUAGAGGUAACGUUUCAUUUCUCUCACUGGACACAUUUUUUUUAUUUUUCCUGUCUAAAUUUGCUAAACUUGAAACAUUGUAUAAACUAAGGAGUUGAAUUGUUUUGUAAUCAAGAGUCUCGAUAUUUCGCUGAUAUGAGCAUGAUUAAAUCAGCAUUUCAUACCACUUAACAUGAGGAAUUUUUUUACAAAAUGAAAUCGCUAUCUAGAACAAUACGGUUUAUACACUGGCCUUACAUAAUAGUUAAUAUUAACUACGUGUCGAUUUCCAAAAAUGAAGAUGAUGCAAAGAAAUGAAAGUUAAUGCAUGGCUGUCAACUAAAUAUUAAUAAUGAAACAUGUAGAAAAUUAAAUCAGUUCAUACUUCGAAUUAAAAAAGUUGAACACGAAACUAACAGAACAAACAAUUAUUUUAACGUAUAUGGUACAAUGAGAUAAACAACAUUUGAAUUUAACGAGUGUCUUCAAUAUGAUAUUGAAAAUAAUACGUUAGCAUCAUCUUCUAUAUUUCUGAAUUAAGUUACCAUCAAAGAAACAUAUUUUAACUAUUUUAGCAAUAAGAAACCCUACACUUGAUCAUUUUAAUAACGGAACAUGUUAAACCUAAGUUAUAUCAGAGACCGAUUUACUAUGUUUUUAUAAUUGUUUUGAUUUCAAUAAAUCAUGCCAACUGUCCAGCGCAGUGUGACUUUAAUGCACUCUGGUCCCUGCCAGAACUUAGCGUUCCCCAGUAAUUGAUGAUCCCUAAUAUUACUUUUAUUUUGUUAUAAGGCGCUUCCUGCAUUUAGGUUGGUCAAAACUGUCUUAGAAUUAAUAAUUAUAUGCAAAUGCAAGAAUUGCCGCCUCUGCAAGGCGCAGUUGAAGUUUAGAAUUCGGAAUGUAAAGAACGAAUCUUUUAUGUUUCAAUUUACUAAGUUUUGGGCACAGAAACCAUUGUGCAGACAGUUUUGGGUUUUCUUGGCCUUCGUUCGGAAAAAAUAUUGUUUUUAUAAUUUUGUUCUAAAAAUAAUUAUAUUUAUUAUUGUUAAGAUAAAUAACAUUGUAUCAUAGUUAGUUGCAUUUUUAACUACACAAAUUGAUAAUCUGUAUUUCUAUCAAUUAAUAAAUUUAUUAACAUUACUAGCAGAAGGAUUCCCACAAUACUUUGUUAAAUUCUAUCGUAAUUUGUUAAUAUGUAUGUAUAUUGCUUACAUGUUUUUUAUGCCCCCGAAGGGAACCAUAAUAUAAUCGCACCGUCUGUCCGUCCGUCCGUCAGUCAGUCUGUCUGUGUGUCCCAACUUCAUUUGUGUCCGGACUGUAACUUUGUCAUACACUGAGGGAUUUUAAAAAAAAACUUGGCACAAAUGUCUACCACAUUAAGACGAUAUGUCGCGUCCAAGAACCACGUCCCUACCUAAAAGGUCAAGGUCACACUAUCAAUUUGAAGUUUCACAUUAUCACAAUAAGAGUACAUAGGUACACGCAUUCGUGUCCGGACUGUACUUUUGUCAUGCAUCUAAUGAUUUUUAAAUAACGAGGCAUAAAUAUCUACCACAUCAAGUCGAUGUAUUGCGUUCAAGAAUUACGUCUCUACCUAAAAGGUCAAGGAAACACUAACAUUUUGAAGUUUCACAUUAUCACAAUUAGAAUUAGUAGAUACACACAAUCGUGUUCGGGCUGUAACUUUGUCAUGCAUGGAAGGAUUUUAGAAUAACUUGGCAUAAAUGUCUUCCACAUCAAGACGAUGUGUCGAGUCCAAUAAUCGCGUCCUUACUUCAAAGGUCAAGGUCACACUAACAUUUUGAAGUUUCACUUUAUCACAAUGAUAAUUUGUGUCUGGAGUGUAACUUUGUCAUGCAAGGAAGGAUUUUAAAAUGAAUUGGCAUAAAAUGUUAUGUCUACAACAUUAAGACAAUGUGUCGCAUCCAAUAAUCAUGUCCCUACCAUAAUGGUCAAGGUCACACUAACAUUUUUAAGUUCAUUUUAUCACAAUUAGAGUUUAUAGGUACACAUAUUCGUUUCCGGGUUGUAACUUUGUCAUGCAUCGAAGGAUUUUAAAAUAACUAGGCUUAAAUGUAUACCACACCAAGACGACAUGUCGCGACAAAGACCUAUGUCCCUUCCUUCAAGAUCAAGGCCACACUUAUAGUUUGAACGAGAAGAGUUUGAAGACACACAUUCAUGUCCGGACUGUAACUUUGUCAUGAAUGGAAGGAUUUAAAAAAAAAUUGGCACAAAUGUCUACCACAUUAAGACAAUGUGUCGCGGCUAAGUCUCAUGUCCGAAAACCACGUCCUUUCUUCAAAGGUCAAGGUCACACUUAUAUAUUGAAGGUUCAUACUAUCACAAUUAGAGAUUACAGGUACAAUAAUACAAAGAACAAUAUUCAGCAAUUAUUUUUUUCAUUCUAUUUUCUUUUCAUAACACCUGCAUGCUUAAGAAACCUUUUCGGGGGACGACAGCUCUUGUUGUUUUUAUGUAAAUAUUGUAGUAUAAAUGUUUAACUUUCAGAUAACCGCUUUAGUUAUACACUAUACUCCUAGCGCUAUAUUCUUUAUGAUAUAAAAUGUAUGAUAGAUAUGAUUCUGGAAUAAAAGUGUAAACAUA